AUGGCCCCGGGCUGCUCCAUCUGCUACGAGGAAUUUGUCGCGGAGGACUCGCUGCAAGUCGUCGUGGAAUGCGGCCACGUGUUCCACACCCAUUGCCUUCAGCAGUGGCUGGAGUGCAAACCCCGCAAGAGCUGCCCCUUCUGCCGUGGCGCGUGCUCGCGCCGUGUCCUCCACGUGUUCCUCUCCGACCUCUCUAGCGCGGACGCGGAUGGCGCAGACGCCUGCCGCGCAGCCAAGCGGAAGAAGGUUGGGGAGGAGUCGGGAGAAGAGGGCGCGGGGGAGGGUGGCCGAGCUGCUGCUGCUGCGCUGAAGCAUGCAGAGACGCGGGUUGCGGAGCUGAAGGCGUCGUUGCGAGCAGAGCAGGUGGCAUUCACGCAGCUCAAAGCCGAGGUGGCAGCACUGAAGGCGCCGUUGAGAGCAGAGUUGGUUGCGCUCACGCAGCCCAAAGCUGAGGCGGAGCGCAGCAAGCAGCGAGUGGGGGAGGCGGAGAGGGAGAGGGACGAGGCACGCACCGCAGCGGUGGUGCAGAGGGCGGCGUAUGCGCGGGAAAAGGAGCACCUGCUGGUGGCCGCACACGUGCUGCGCGGGGAGCUGGAUGCGAAGAGCAACGAGUGCAAGGCGCUGCAAACGCAGCUGCAGCAAGCACAGUGCAGCGAAGCAGCCAUGGCUCUCAUGCAGCAGAUAGAGCUGAGCAAAGAUGGGCUGCUCAAGAUGGCUCGCAUGGCAGCAGGCGCAGCAGCCACAGACGCAGCUGCCGCCGCUGCUGCUGGUACCACCAGCGCCAUCCGCGUGGGAACGGGUAUAGGCAGCAGCGGUGGUAGGGGCAAGCAGGGGAAGGGCAAGCAGGCGUGGAUGCUGGACGAGGGUGGAGAUGAUGACGGCUGCAAUGGCAGCAACAGCAGUGAUGCUGGUGUGAUCUGCGUGCUGCAGCACACGCUGAUGGAGAGAAACAAGUAA